UAAAUAUGAUCAACUAUAAAUCGUGGAAGUUUCCUCGAAUAAUUGAUUUGAGUUGAUGGAGACAAGCUCUUGGAAAUUACAACUGGCUUCCACUACUACAACUACUACUAAUAAUUAUUAUUAAUAUCAUGGACCAAUAGGUACAAUAUCACAUUUUUGAGGUAUUAAACGUAGGUGAAAAUGGCAUGCAAAUCAGAACUGGUGAAAUAUGUGAAAAUAUAAGGGAAAAUACAUGAAAGUGAAACAAAAUAGCUCAGUGGCGCCUCCUAAGGUGAAACCCGGAAGUACUAAGAAGAAAGUUAGUUUCACAACAGUUGGUGGAAACAUGUCACAGAUUAAGACGAACAAAAAGUCCAUCGGGACCAUGACCUCGACUCCACGGGAAGUUGGUCAUUUUGAAUUUGGCGUCAAAUCAAUUACUUUCCCAUUUUGAACAAAUAUUAUUAGGGACUUGUUAGGGAUUUGUUGUGAAGGUCCCGCAGUCUUUCCGGUCCGCAACGGAAGUAAGUUUGUCUUCUCGUGAUGGCUCCGUAACAGACGAGUUUGCGCUAGUAUGUGAUUAAUGUGACGUCCAGAGCGUUUAAAAAGGACUCGUUCCUCUACGCUGGCUCCGGUUUAACAUGGUGAACGCGGAUGAAAUCGCAAAGUUGUGCUACGGGCGUUUCGAUGAGCUUCCCCGGCGAGGGAAGCCUGAGGCGGGCAGAGAGUGGACUCUGCUGGCCGCUGUGGUCAAAGUCAGCCCCGGUGCUCAGUCUGACACAGUGAAGACUGAGGUUGUUUCCAUGGGAACCGGCACCAAAUGUAUUGGACAGACAAACAUGAGUCCUAAUGGUGAUUUUAAACGUGACGUCCUCAAUGACAGUCAUGCAGAGGUCAUCGCCCGGAGAGGAUGUGUCAGGUACCUGAUGCAGGAGCUGUACAGAGCGGUCAGCUGUGGUGACAGCUCAGUGUUCUGUGUGUCUGAAGAGCAGCAGGGGAAGUGGAAGCUUCAGCCUGGAGUUUCCUUCCUCUUCUUCACCAGUCACACUCCCUGUGGUGACGCCUCCAUCAUCCCCAUGACUGACAGCCAGUCUCAGCCCCGCCCCCCUGUCCCAUCUGUAAAUGCUAAUAAAGGGAAUGAGUCAGGACAAGACUGCAAAAGAAAAGCUGAGGAACCAAGUGAAGGUCAAAAGACCAAGCUGCUGUGUCUGGAGGGACAAGGGAUGUCUGAAGAGGGAGACUUUAAGCACACCUUGUCCCAGUGUCCCUCCACAGAAACUGUCUCACAUGCUUCAGCACAGCUGGAGAUAAAACCUGGACUCCACUGCGACGGUGCUGGACUGUGUCCACAGCUCUCUGACGUCCACAGGACAGGAGCAAAGUGUGUCCCCGGCGGCCCCGCCGACCCUCUGCGACCCGGGGACGGCUACCACAGCGCGGGUUUGCUGCGAGUGAAACCUGGACGAGGUGAACCCACUCAGUCCCUGUCCUGCAGUGAUAAGCUCGCUCGCUGGACUGUGCUGGGCUUCCAGGGUGCACUGCUGUCCCACUACCUACAGGAGGCGCUCUACUUCCGUUUCAUGGUGGUGGGGAAGUGUCCGUACAGCAAAGAGGUCAUGCACAGAGCUCUGGUCGCAAGAUGUCUCCAGGUGUCAGAUCUCCCCGCUGGUUUUUCUGUUUGUCCUCCAGUGCUGCUCCAGUCCACCCUGGAGUUUCCCUUCAGUCAGACCCAGACAGAGUGCCACCACCAGGCGGGUCAGGGACGUGUCUCUCCCUGUGGAGCAGCCAUCAGUUGGUGUAAUGUCACAGAGCAGCCACUAGAUGUCACUGCCAACGGCUACAAACAUGGAGUCACUAAGAAGGUGCUGGGCACAGUGAAAGCCAGGUCUCGUCUCUGUAAAGCAGAGCUGUUCCGCUCUUUCCUGUCUCUGGUUUCAGCCACUGAGCCUUCAUCACUUCCUGUCUCCCUCAGGACAGCACAUCUGCACACUUACUGGGAAUACAAACAGGCGGCUCGCUCGUACCAGUUCUCCUGGCAGCAGCUCCGCACUCAGGUUUUCCCUCUGUGGCCGCGCAGCGACCGAAACCUCCUGCUGUUCCACUGAACUCCCUCCCUCCUGAAAACACCUGCAGCUCAAAGGUUCCACCUGCGCUCGACCAAAAACAACUCCGCCGGCGCCUCACUCUUUUACUUUCAGACUCCGCCCCCUGGUGUUCAAACUUCAUUUCCGUCCAGAUGGAUUGUUACCAUAUUCUUAAUUAAAGCACAUUGUUGAAAUCUUUUUAUAUAUGCAAAUAAAAGUGUGUUUGCAGAA